AUGGCUCUGAGUCAAGAUGUUCAGGAUGCCAUCACUGAGUGCCUGAAGCACGCAGAAGAUGGCGGGCAACUAGUCCAAGCAUCUAGCCGACUCAUGGAGACCUUGGCAAAAAAUGGUCUCAGCCGCGUUGUGCGGCUCAAGCCCGACGAGAUCGGUGUGCAUAGCCAAAACCGGGACGGAUUUGGCCUGUGUCCGAAGGACGCCCAUACCCUCCUAAGCAUGAUCGCUUCGGUGGGGUUUGAUGGGUCUCAGACCCACCCGGUGUGCACAGAGCUGCAGCCCGGUGACACCAUGGUGGACUUCAACAGAAAGCUGGUGGAAUCUUCUGGUGGGCUCCUUCCUGCCAUCAACGAAACCAUGAUGCGGUAUGCAUCACUGAGUUGCUCUCACACAAAUGCUGCUCUUCGAUGCGCGCUGCACGAAGUUGCUUCUGAGGAGGGGCUAGUUUCACUGAACGGUCGCAUCAGCAUGUCCAAGAUCCAGUCCGUUGACAAGGCACUGUUCGAUGCCUGCCAUGCAGGCUUGGAGUGGACUGUAAUCCACCGAGAUGUGAUGAGUUUUGCUCCACAAAUCGCUCAGCUCGUCCAGAGCGCCUGCAAUGUGUCCAGUCACAUUGCCAAAGGGGGAAGUGAAUGGCAGAUCCUUGCCAGAAUGAGGUCACUCAUGAGGACCCAGCCUCAUGCUGAGUGGAACCAGGUGAAGAAGCAGGUGCUCCAGACCAAACCGCAGUGCCAUGAGGCAACGCCUUACAUGUUCACCUUCUUGAAGAAUUUUUCCCAUGAAGGUUUGAUGGAAGGCAUUGACACGAGGAUCAAGGGGCACACCAGCACAAACAAGAGUUUGGGCAAAGACUUUUUUGUGCAGCUCAGCGCCCAGUCGAAAGACUGGAAGCAGCAGUUCUUGCACUUGCGCCACGCCGUGCUUUCGUUGGCCUACACUGCUGAGAAGAGUUUGAAUGCAUUGGAUGUCAAGAAACUCUUGGGAAAAGAGCUGGGCCAACGCAGUACCAAAGCUCAAGACUUGAUGGUCAAGUUUCGAGCACUGCUCGACAAGGAGAAGCUUGGAGAUUCCAGCUCAGCCAUUCAAGAUUUGUUUCAUCAGUUCCAAGAUCACUUGAUUCUGGAAUGCUUGGACAAGAUGAAAGAUGAGACCCCCGAGUCUUUGGCUUGCUCAUUGGUGGAUGAGAUCGAGAAGCACCUAAAGAAGCGAAUCACGGCUGAGUUCGAUGGCCAGAACACUGCCAACUCCAAGUUGCAGGCCGUGGUUUCUGCAAGCUCAUCUGGGCACUCAGUGCAAUUUGGCUCACUGGUGCAACUCAGCGUUGACGAAGGUGAUUUUUGCACUAGCUAUGAAAUCAAAAUUGAAUCAUUCCUCAAGGGUGAGUGGAGGGUCACCAAACAAAAAGCCGAUAUUCAAAAGUACAGCUGGGACAACUUUCAUCAGUUCCGACCCUGCUCAAGCGACACCAUCAACUUCAUGUGUGUCAAGGGGGAGGUCAGUCGCAGGAUGAUUGAACUUGAAAUGCAGCAUGAGGCAUCGUACAAAGGCCUGGUCUUGCAGACAAAGCCUUACAAGAGUGUCUUCACGGCCAAACAGUAUGCAAAGGGCAAGCUGAUUUUGGUCCCCAGCACUUCGAGGAUUGAAAGGAAGGCCUGUCCUGGCUCUGUGGCCUUGGGGUCCAUCCGAGACAUCGGAUUGUACUUGUGGCCAUGCUAUGGACCUCCAAAGCGUGAUGGUGAUCUUGAUGGAUCGUUCUUGUGCCCCUUUUGGAUGGUCAAGCGAACCAACAAAGAGUCUGAGGCAAAUGUGGAGGUUCGCAAGGAGAUCGCAGAGGACCAGGAGAACAACAGCGUGAAGAUUCCUCUGAUGUACAACAUCUCUGCCUUGGAUGCAUCCACUGAGCUCAAGUUGUUUGUUCCCAAGCCUCAGAAGGAGGACCCUGAAGCUCUGGUGCCAGUCCCUCAGCCGAAGCGCCAGAGGACCAAGGGCCAGCACUGGCUCGCUUGUUUCCUGAACUCCAUGGCAGAGGCAGCUCCAUCAGAGGCAGCCCCAGCAGCGGCACCUCCAUCGGAUGCUGAGCUGGACACCGGCCCUGGUUUCAAGCUCGAAUCCCAUUGGGCGAUUGUCCACAAGAUGGACACGUGGUAUCCAGAUGUGGUCACUCGGAGUGGUGACAACUUCAUCAAGCUGAGCAAGUUCGACAGGCACUUCGUGAAGUUCUGCUUGCAGAAGCCGAUGGACCUGAGCAAGGGGGUCGGCCGCAGUGCCAACAGCGCCCUGUUCGACAAGCUCCUGGAGCUCCGCAAGAGAGCCAGUGAGGAAAGUGCUCGGCAGCAGAUGGAGAUGCCGGAAUCUGGAGGGGACACCGCAUCUGCAGUGCCCAAGCGCAAGGCCAAACGUGUCCGAGUGGAGGACGGGUGCUUGGUGGACCCUCGUGUGACAAUCCAGCUUCCUGAUCUUGAAACCAAGACGGAGUACUUUAUGUCUAGGCCAGCCAAGGCACUUUGGGGUGUCACGUCAAAGGAGCUAUGGUUAGAGCUCAAUGAACCUAACCUACACUAUAUGAAAGCGUUGGUCCAGCAUGGGGCAGGACAUCAACAACCCAGAAAGAAGAAGGAGAAGAAAGGAUCCCCAAAGAAGUCGCCAAGAAAACGCCUGAAGCGUAUAGGCCACAUCGGUGGCUCUAGCCCAGCCAAAAUGACUGCGGCCAAAUCGAAAGCCAAGAGCAAACCCGAUGACCAGAUCAAUGAUGCCGACACAUUCCCGGACACCAUUCCCUAUGGAAAUGAGGCCGAUGAGGUGAACUCCACAGAUCUUGACGAGUCCCAGCUGGAGGCCGUGCCGCCUGAUCGUCAGCGCUUCGAUGACGAGCACUCUGAGGGCUGA